UUAUAAAUUUUAUUUAUUUAACAGUGCAAUGAUGCGCAAGCGCUCCAGGGUUGAAAUUAAUGACGAAGCUUUCGACAUUUGUGGCUUAUUAAAAAGCUACGUUAGUGAACUGGGUAAGGUCAGAUGGUCUAUAACAAACCUCGCGAAAUUAUUGACUUCAUAUCCUUUUAAAUAACAAAAAAAAAAUAAAUAAAUAAAAAAAAUUUCUCUAUACAAAAUUUUAUUGCAGCAAAUAUUCUUCAAGUAUUAUUUUUUUUUUUUUUCCUUUUUUUUUGCAAUGUGGUUGUGAAUGGAAGAAUAAAAUGAUAAAUAAAUCAUAAUAAGGAAGAGUGACAUGAAGUAUAUCUAGAGAAAAAGAAGAAGGAUAAAAAAAUCAAAAAGAAAAUUUAAUAAUAAAAUAUUUUAUAAGAGGACAAUGGAGGUGACAGCUACUGCUAGUAAUAAAAUGAAAAGACGUCAUUUAACUCGUCGUCAAAAAUGGCCACUUCACCUUGGUCUUUUUUUGCUCUACAUAAUAAUACAAUUUGUAACAACUUCAAAUUCUCUUACAACACAAAAUACACCAACAACUUCCAAGCCAAUAUCAUCAACAAUUGGAUCAAUAAAAUCACACAGACCAAGUCCAUCAAGUCCAACAGAUUCAGCAACAAAAAAAUCAGUAAACGAUAAUAAAUCAUCAACUCAACGAGUAUUAACAACAUCAACAAUGAAAGGUGAACAAUUUCCAUAUACAACUAUGCGACCAAAACGUGAAAAUUGUUCAUCACCAGCAAUUGAACAAUUUCCAAAACCAUUUAUUGGUCCAUCAGCAAGAAAACACGGUGGUCUUAUUAUUCAUCUUGCAAUUGCAAUUUAUACAUUUCUUGGAUUAGCUAUUGUUUGUGAUGAUUAUUUUGUCUCAAGUCUUGAUAGAAUUUGUGAAGAAUUACGAUUAUCACCAGAUGUUGCUGGAGCAACAUUUAUGGCAGCUGGUUCAUCAGCUCCGGAAUUAGCAACAGUUAUGAUUGCUGUAUUUUGUGCUAAAGAUGACAUUGGGGUGAGUGGAGUUAUUGGUAGUGCAGUAUUUAAUAUUAUGUUUGUAAUAUCAAUAUGUGGUCUUUGCACAUCAACAGUUUCAAAAUUAAAUUGGUGGCCAUUGUGUCGUGAUUGUUUUUUUUAUUUUAUAUCAAUUUUAUUAAUGUUGAUUGCAAUUUUCGACGAUAUGAUAUCUUGGUUUGAGUCUUUAACGAUGCUGAUAAUGUACGUUGUUUAUUGCGUUGCAUUGGGAUAUAAUUCACGUUUAGAACGUUGGGCAAAAUCAUAUGAUAUUCCAUUUCUUCCAAAAGAUGAAGAACCAGCUGAGGCAAGUGCCUUGGUUAGUUAUAAAUCAUUACAAGAAGAUAAACAAUCAUAUACAGGUGUUAAUUUACCAGUUGUUGAACAAGUUGUUGGUGAAGAUGGUUUACCAAUAUCAACUGAACAAAGACCAGUUACACAACAACCAAUUGCACAACAAAAACAACCAGAAUAUUACAAAGCAAAAGAAUAUGAUCCAAAUGAAGUAUCACCAUUAGUUAGACCAACUGAUGCAACUGAAUGGCAAUUAUUUACAUGGAGAUUGGUAUUUCCAAUUCAUUAUAUGUGUCGAGCUACAAUGCCUGAUUGUCGACAAGAAAAAUAUCGUAAUUGGUAUCCAUUUACAUUUUGUAUUUCUAUGAUUUGGAUAAGUUUUUACAGUUAUCUCAUGGUUUGGAUGAUUACAAUUAUCGGUAGUACACUGGGAAUUCCUGAUACUGUAAUGGGACUGACUUUUGUAGCAGCUGGUGUUUCAGUUCCUGAUGCUUUGUCAUCAUUGGCUGUUAUUAAAGAAGGACUUGGAGACAUGGCAGUGUCUAAUGCUGUUGGUAGUAAUGUCUUUGAUAUUUUAGUUUGUCUUGGUUUGCCUUGGUUUAUUCAAACAGCAAUAAUGCUACCAGGUUCACACGUCAACGUCACAAGUAGAGGUUUGACAUAUUCAACAAUUUCUCUACUAUCAACAGUAAUUUUUCUUGUUGUUGCAACUCAUAUGAACGGCUGGAAACUUGAUCGUCGUUAUGGAGUUGUAUUAAUGAUUUGGUAUCUUAUAUUUAUAUGUUUUGCUGCACUUUAUGAACUAAAUGUAUUUGGUAAAAUGAAUCCAGACAUGUGCCCAACUAGUUAUUAAUUCUACAAUUUGCCGAGUAUUUAAAUGAAGAAAAAAAUUGCAAUUUUGCAUUUGGAAUUGAUGUAUUGCUAUGUGAAAAAUAUAAUUGAGCAAAUAUCAUUUUAAAAAAUAACAUGGCAAGAGAUAAUUCAAUACAGCUUAUUAUUUUAAACGUGAUAUUAUACGUUGAAUUAUUUGACCAGAAUAUCUAGAGCUUCAAUAAAAAUAUUAAGCUCAUGUUUCGCAAAAUUUAUACAUUAUUAUGCAGCUUUGUUUUAUUCAACGAUAAAAUAAAUAAACGAUGUUAUUUAUCAGUAUUAUUAUAAUAGUUCAGAUAAUAAUAUCAUACAAAAAAAAUUUAAAAUACAACGAUAAAUGGAAAGAACAACGAAAGAAAAAUAAUCCAUGUUUUUUUUUUUCUGUAUAACAUUAUUUAAAAGCUGUGUGAAAUACGCACGUUUGAAGUGAAACUUACUUGCACAAUAUAUAAUUUUUAUCCAGAUAAUUAAUCAGUAUUUAAAGCUCAAAAUAUGCAAAUAAAAUGCAUAAAUAUUUGACAACGAAUUUAUAAAUAUAUCUUUAAAUUAAUUCAAAAGCACGUUUACAAUUUUUUUUAUUUAUUCAAAUUAAUAUUCAACGAGUAAUAUAUAUAAUUGAUAUUUUUGAUAGACCAUUAAAUAUAUUUUUAUGACGAAAAAUAUUCAUCUUUCUUCCGUAGAAAUAAGUUAAUUUAAAAAAAUAUGAUAAUUUUUAUUAAGCAAUAAUUAUUUAUUUAAUAUUAAAACAAUCUUCCAAUUUUGUUAUUGUACAUUUUUUUUCUUCUAAUAUUUUCUAAUCUUUCAAUUUUAAUAUUCACAAAAAAUUUAAAAGAAAAAAAACUGCAAAACGCUUGUAAGAAAGUUUCACUUCAAUUAAAAAAAUAAUGACAAAUAAAUUAUGUAGGUAUAGCUUUUCAAAGUGUCCAUAAAAAAUUCAUAUAAUUAUUAUUAAAAUCGGGGUCAUCGAAAUGCUUAAAUCGUUAAUAUUAUAUAGUAAUAAAAAAAAAUAAAAAUAAUAAUAAAAACUGUUAUAAAUACAGCUUAAGUCAAUAUCCUAAUGUUGGAAUUUAUUUUAAUUAGUUGUCAAUUUUUGUGCAUUACGCAGGAUUUAAAUUAUUUGACAUUAAUAUAUUGAAAGUAGAUUUAUAGUAUUUUAUUUAAAAAAAAAAAAAAAUGAAAAGCACAUUGUUAUUAUAUAGAAAAUCAGUAUUAGCAGUGUUUUGGGUGAUCAGUUUUUUCAGCAUAUAAAAAUCUGAUUAUAUAUUUUAGUAAAUAUACAUAUAUGAAAAUCAAAUUAUAAAAAAAAAAAAAGGUUGUUUAAUGUUCAAUUUAAAAAUUUAUCGUGUCUAUUGAAUGAUAAUUUUUCGUUGCAAAAUUAUUCAGUAUAUAAAAUAUUAUUUACUAUAUGAUUAACAAGAAUUAAAAAAAAUAUUUAAAAAUAAUAUUGUUGAAUUUUUUAAAUAUUAUUUUCGGCAUAUUUAAAAAUAAAUACGAGGCGAAUAAGAAAAAUUUAAUUAAAACGCUUUAGUGAGUAAUAAAUGUUUAAAUAGAUAAAAAAGUUUUGAAAAAAAAAAAAACUUAAUAAAGACAAUAAUUCAGCCUUAUUAUAAUUCAAUGAAAGUAUAUUAAACUUGAGACUUUGAUUUAUAAACUGAGAAAAUACUCUUAAUUAAUAGUUGAAAAAAAAAUUAUAAUUACUACUAAAUUAACACAUUAUUAAUUCGAGUAAAUUUAAAACUUAUUAUUGCUAUUAUUUAUAAAUAUUUUAGAUUUAUUUUCAUAAAUUGUAUAGUAUUUAAUUUGUACUAUAAUUAAAAUAUUUUCUCAGUUUAAUUAAAACAAGCUGAAAAUAAAUUGGCUAAAAUGCUUUCACGUAAAUAAUAAUAUAUAUACACAAUUUUUAGAUAUUAAAUAAAGCCGUUUUUUCAUUUUAAUAAAUAAAUUAUUAAUAAAUUAAAAACACCAAAGUUUUUGUAGAUAAGUAAAGUGCAAAUAAAAAAGUUUCUUUCCAUCCAAAUUUGCAACAACUGGAACCUUUUUUUUGCACUUUACUUUUAAUUUUUGUUUCUUUUUUUUACAGUAUUAAAAAGUGCGAUUAUUUACUGACUAAAUAACGGAUUGUGUAAAGAAUUAUUUAUAAAAAUUCAUGACAAAGUUUAAUAAAUAAAUAUUAAAUGCAUAUGAAAGAAAUCGCCCAUUCCGUCCGAUAAAGCUCAUUUAUUUCUCGAUUUGUUUUUGUUUAACCGAGUUUUUUAAUUAAAAAAUUAUAAACAAAAAAAAAAACAACGAGCCUAUCUGUAUAUGUUGGGUAAUAUGAAUAAUAAUAUUUGCAAAAAAAUAUGAAGGACAUAAAUAAUUCUUUGCUAAUGAUAAUACACUUGAUCAUAGUCAAUAAUUAUUUCAUAAAAAUGAAAAAUCAUAUUGUCAGUGAAUAAAUAUAAAUUUGUUGCAUUUUAAUUCUGUGUCGUAUUAUGUAUAUAAAUAUAACAUAGAAUUAUAAGGUCAUAAUUAAGCAGAUUAUUAUAUAAAAAGUCUCAAAGUAUUUAUUUAAAUAUUAAAAAAAUAUUAUUUUUGUUUUGUAUUUUAAUUUAAUAAUUUUUAUUGCACGAAAUAAUUUUAAAUAAAUAUUUAAUUGUCUUUUCGCUAUUAUUACUAUCUUCCAUAUAUAAUUAAUUAUCUUGAAAAAAAGAUAGUAUAUUCAAGAGAUUAGCAAUGAGUUAGAUGUAAAAGUUCAAUGAGUCAUAAAAAAAUUAAGAAAAUACUUAAAAAUGUUAUUAGUUUUGAUCUAUAGCUGGUUUGUCUAUGUAUAGUUGAAAUAGUUUUACAUGGUCGUGUUAAAUAGCUUCUGGCUUCAAAUCAAUAUUAAAUUUCACAUUGUUUAAAUAAAAAAAUUAUUAUACAUAUUAUUAUUAUAAUAUUAACAGAUCAAGCCUAAUUAAAAAAUGUGAAUUACUCAUUUUUUUUAUUAGGCAACUGUUCAUGACCAGUUUUGAUAAAAUCGAGAAAAAAAUCAUUUAAAAUUAUAGUUUGAAAAUAAAUAAAUUAAUCAAUAGAAAAGAAAAAAAAAAGAAAUGUAAUAGACGAUUAUUUAGAUAACACAUAUUGUCAUAAAAAAAGAUAUCAAUAAAAAAAAUUUCUAAUAAGAAAAAAAUAAUAAUAAAAUUAAAAAAAAAUUGAACGAAUAAAAUUAUAUUUAAAAAAUUUAAUAUAAACAAUAGAAAAAAAAAAAAAAUUGAAAAAUAAACUGGUGUUUUUUUUGACAAAAAAGCCAAAAUUAUAUUUUAUUUUUUUCAAAGACUAGAUGUCUAAGAUUCAGAAAUUAUUUAUAAAAAAAAAAAAUAUUUAAAUUAUAAGCCCAAUUUAAAGUAGCUAAUUAAAAUAUAUAAUUAUAUUGUUGUUAAUAAUAUAUAUUUAAAAAUAAAUAAUACUAUGUAAAAA